AUGAUCAUCCUAAAUUCUAAGAGAGCUAGUUUCGCAGACGCCCUUUUCUGCGCCCAACAACACUUUUGGCAUGGCAACUAUAAUUCCGAGGAACGACUUAUCUUUUCAAUAUCUGUGAAAUACUGUACACUAUACGUGGUCUUUGCAAUCGGUUCUCUUCAAAUUGCCCUAUCCGGAUACGUAAUAACACCUAUUGUUGAAAACAUUGGAAGAAAUAAAUCAGACAGAGUACUUCCAUUCAAGAUGUGGGUCGACCUGCCCUUAACAGAGACACCUUAUUUCGAACUAGCUUUCGCCAGUCAGGCGAUUAGCGUAUACUUAAUUGGCGCCGCGUACAUUUGCCCCGAAAUGUUUUUAUGCGUGUUUAAUCUGCACGUGAUGGGUCAGUUUCGCAUACUACAACACAGAAUGUUAAAUUUCUGGAACGUCGAAAGCAAAGGGAUGAACGCAGACACGUACACCGAUCAUUGUUAUGCAGCUCUCAAGAAGUGUAUAAAACAUCAUCAGUUGCUUAUUGAGUUCUGCAAGAAGCUCGAACAAGUAUACACCAUGCCGAUCUUUACGCACAUGGUAGUUUUAAGUCUGUUGCUGUGUUUCGAUGCCUACGAAAUAGUCGUGGUACCUAGGUGUUCAAACAAAUAUGUAGAUAGUACGUUGACUGUCUCAGUGAGAACUACCGUUUUUGGUAAAACACCUUGUAAUGCAAAUACGAGUCCUUCUUUGCGUGUUAUUUUCUUGUUUCACGGAGUUGGAAGCCUGGGUCAGCUGUUAAUGAUUACAUAUACUUGCCAUUUUAUGAUGGAGGAAAGCACGAAUAUUAUUACCACGAUGUAUUCAGGAUCUUGGAGCACUUUGCCGAUGAAUGAUGUUGGCAGAUCAUUUCGAUCGGCCAUGAAAUUCAUUAUGAUUAGAUCAUUAAAACCGUGCUGUCUGACUGCUGCCGGAUUUUUCCCUCUGACUUUAGAAACUUUUACCUCGCUUUUAAGUUCUACAUUCUCUUACUUUACUCUGAUGAGGCAAUCGUUCAUGAGAUCCGAUGGGGAGUAG